AUGCGCGCGCGGUUCCAACCGUGCGCAAGUAUCGUGUACGUUGGCUCGGGUUUCCACCCGUGUGGAGUACGUGGGAAUCGCGCUCUUCGCUUCUUCGAGACGUUCCAGACGUCGUUCGGGCGUACGAGUCCGUGCAUACGCUUGGUUCAGAUUUUGUUCGACGACCUGAGUGUUCUCGCGGUAAGUGAGAACAAGACGAACGACGACUGUGUCGUGGUGAAGCGUCACUACGACCACGAGACCAAGAGCGAUUUUGAGAACGUCGUGGUGACGUUCACCAUAACGACGAGAUGA